GCGGCGCGGAGGGCAGGAGGCGGAGGCGCUGGUGGGACGCGCGUCGGGGGGCAGCUUCCUCGUGCCGGCGGACGGAGGAGGCAUUGGCCGCACCUCGGACCUUGACCUGCGGCCUGGGAGGAGGCGGGCGAGAUCCACUGGCCGGGCAGAGACCACCUGACCACCUUUCUGGGCGCCGGAGUCCGGGCCCCACGCCAGGACUCUCCCUUUCCCCCGCAGCAUGCAGCCCCAGGAGAGCGGCGUCCAGUACAGCAGGUGGGAGGACCGCAGCCGGGACGAAGUCCACGUGGUGGCUGGGUCCAGCACAGAGGAGGCCUGGAGCUGGGAGAGGAUCUCCCGGAAGCUGUGCUCGGGCAGGCUGGGCAUCGCCAUGAAGGUGCUGGGCGGAGUGGCCCUCUUCUGGGCUGUCUUCAUCCUCGGCUAUCUCACUGGUUACUACGUACACAAGUGCAAAUAAGGCUGCCCAGCACACCCACUCGGGGCUGGCCGCCGUGCGUGGGGACAUGGGCUCGGGUGGACACCCUGUACACCAGAACCCCCUUUGUGUACACUGAACCCCAUAUAC